AUGCCGCCAUUCGAGGCCCCUGUCAGUGCAUCUGCUUCGGACGCAAGCAUAUCCAGAGGGGGUACUGCUAGAUCAGCUUCGUCACAUUUGAGGCCGGAAGAUGCAUUUCUAGCCUAUUCUCCGCCAUACCGAUCGACCAGCAAGGGCGGCGCAUCCGAAAACAGGAGGAAAAGAGACAGCCAUAGCAGUCGCAACGCCAGUCGGAGGAGGCCACGAACGUGGAAAAAGCUGCUCUGGGUGAAACAAGCAUAUCCCGACAACUACACAGAUGAAGAGACCUUCCUAGACCACCUACAGCGCAAUCCACGACUUCGUCCCUAUGAUUUCUGGCCGCUCGUUGCCGAUUCGACCGUCAUCGUACAGCACAUAGGUUCUGUCAUCAUCUUCGUCUGCUGCUUCAUUGGCAUCUUCCAAAGGCGUGUUUCACCUGUAUCUGUUGUUAGCUGGGCCUCGUUCGGCACCGUUCUAGGAUGGGUCGUUCGUGACUACUGGGUCGGACAAGAGGAGGCUGAGCAGGCUAGGCAGGCUGCUCUUGCAGAGGCUGUUGCUUCAUCCAAAGCCAUCGUUGACAGCCAGCGCCCCCAAGAAGGACCUUUGUCUCCGGCAGACCCUGCUUCGGCCAUGUCAGAUACUGCUAAGCUGGGCUUGGGCAUCUCGAGCGUUGGGGUCUCACGUCCACUAUCGGUCGUUUCGACAAACGAGAGCUUAGCAUCUACCGCACCCAGCACUGGUCACCCCAAUGGUGCAGCCACAUUUGCAAGCUACAGCUACUAUCCCCCUUAUGAGAGCCAUACAUCCUCCUUGUCCGCCCGUAACCAAGAAAGGCUCGCGACUGCCAAAUCCGCAUUGUUGAUCUACUGUGCUCUACUAGGUUUGAGUCCUAUUCUAAAAUCCUUGACCCUGUCAACGUCCGAAGACUCCAUUUGGGCAAUGAGUUCAUGGCUGCUGAUCAUCAACAUCUUCACAUUCGACUAUGGUGCUGGCGCUGAAGCAAAGUUUCCUGCUUCGCUCUCGACUAAUGCAGCUCUUAUGGCCUCUACGGUCUUAGCUUCACGUCUUCCGUCCACAACCCACGUCUUCAGCCUGACUCUGUUCAGUAUUGAAGUCUUUGGGCUGUUUCCUGUUUUCAGACGACAUGUCCGACACGUAUCCUGGACAGGACAUCUAAUGUUGACGGCAUUGAUUAUCCUUGGUGCGGGAGGUGGACUCUGCGUCACCAUCACGGGAGGUGGCUGGAAAGCUGGAGUAAUCGGUGCCUUUCUCGGAGGAAUUCUCACGUGUCUUGCAAUGGGAAUCACCAGCUGGUGGCUCAUCGGCUUACAAAGAUAUAAGAACGAAAUCCAUGGUCCUUGGGAUCCAGCACGCCCUAUCAUACGACGCCACUGGGACUGA